AUCAGGAUAGACUAGUGUUGUGGGAGUGUGAUGCUACAACCUCCUUAUAAAGGGAUUCGCACAUUGUGUCUUGAAAUUAGAGCACAUUGCCUAAAUUUGAGGUCUCCACAGAGUCACUGAAAAACAACUGUCAUGUAUUCGUUGAACGUGGAGGACAUGCUUCCUGUGGUCGAGACGCCACUCUUCUGGGUCGGAGCAUUCACCGUGGCCUCACUGUCUUUGUGGGUGCUCCACCGACUCGUCCAAGGUUUUCGGAUUUGGGUCUGGGGAAAUGGCCAGUUGCUCUCGCCGAAACUGGGCAAAUGGGCAGUUGUGACGGGAGCCACAGACGGCAUCGGUAAAGUCUAUGCGGAGGAGCUCGCCCGUAAAGGGUUCGCCAUGAUUCUCAUCAGUCGCUCCCAGGACAAGCUGGAUGAUGUCGCCAGGCAGCUUGAGACUCAGUACAAGGUGGAGACCAAGACUAUCGCUGUGGACUUUGGCCUGUCGGACAUCUACCCCAAGAUCGAGGCUGGACUGGCUGGACUGGAGAUCGGAGUCCUGGUGAAUAAUGUGGGGAUAUCCUAUCCCUACCCUGAGUACUUCCUGCAUAUUCCUGACCUGGACAAUUUCAUCACCAACAUGAUCAAUGUCAACAUGACCUCUGUUUGCCAGAUGACUCGUCUAGUUCUACCCAGAAUGGUGGAGAGGUCCAAAGGUGUGGUCCUCAACAUCUCCUCUGCCAGUGGCAUGUACCCUGUCCCUCUUCUGACUGUGUACUCCUCUUCCAAGGCUUUUGUGGACUUCUUCUCCCGGGGACUUCAGGAGGAGUAUAAGGCAAAGGGAAUCAUUGUCCAGAGUGUGCUGCCCUUCUUUGUGGCGACCAAGAUGACCCGUAUCAGGAAGCCCACCUUGGACAAGCCCACCCCGGAGCGCUAUGUGGCUGCUGAGCUGACAACCAUCGGACUGCAGGACCAGACCAACGGCUACUUCCCCCACGCAGUCAUGGGCUGGCUGACCACUGUCCUGGUGCCCAUUAACCUGGUCAUUUACUUUGGGGCAAGGAUGAACCGAGCCCAGCGUACUGGCUACCUGAAGAGGAGAAAGCUGAGGGAGCUGGCCAACCAGAGUAACGGGAAGAGUGACAGGCUGAAGAACGAAUAAGAACAACAC